AUGCCUGUCCAACAGCUCACUACCUUUGGAGCAUCUGACGAGAAACCUGAGAUUAACAUUAUGAUCAGAUUACAAGACUUUGCUUAUGCAUAUCCCGACCGAAAUCGAGUCUUCGGUGGGCAAGGACACAACGAUACCGUCAACUUCCUGGCCGAAGUGUUGGAGUCGACCGGCUAUUACGAUGUUGAGAUUCAACCAUUCGUCGAGCUUUACUCGGGUGGAUCCAGUUCUUUGUCCGUCAAUGGUGUCGAGACAAACAACACCCUCCUUACUUAUACGCCAAACGGCAGCGUCAAUGCAUCCCUGGUAGCCAUCAACAAUCUAGGAUGCGAUGCGGCAGACUUCCCUCCCGAGGUUGCAGACAACAUUGCUCUAAUCUCGCGUGGAACAUGUACUUUUGCUCAGAAGUCAACGAAUGCGGCCGCGGCAGGCGCACUCGCGGCUAUCGUCUACAACAACGUUGAAGGGUCAAUUGCUGGUACGCUAGGUGGUGUUGGCGACUACGUUCCAACUGUUGGUACAGAUCUUGGAACUGGAGAGAUGCUCCUUGCGGCUCUACAGAAUGGCACUAUCCUCACAGCUAAUUUGAAUGUUGAUGCUGUUCUCGAGAAUCGCACCACUUACAAUGUCAUAGCUGAAACGAAAGGUGGGGACCACAACAACGUGCUCGCCUUAGGAGCUCAUACCGACUCUGUUGAAGCUGGUCCAGGCAUCAACGACGAUGGUUCAGGUACAAUCGGCAUUCUGAAUGUCGCGAUCGGACUGACGAACUUCACGAUCAACAACGCCGUUCGAUUCUGCUUCUGGUCAGCUGAGGAGUUUGGCCUUCUAGGCUCAACCUACUACGUCUCUCAAUUGAACCAGUCUGCUGAGGAACUCGCUCGUGUUCGAGCCUACCUCAAUUUCGACAUGAUUGCUUCCCCUAACUAUGCUUAUCUGAUCUAUGACGGAGACGGAAGUGCAUUCAACCUUACUGGACCAGCGGGAUCUGCAGAAAUCGAGGCACUUUUCGAAGACUACUACACUCAGGAAGGAAAACCAUACAACGCCACUGCUUUUGACGGCAGAUCUGACUAUGGCCCAUUCCUCGAUGUCGGAAUCCCCGCUGGAGGUAUCUUCACUGGUGCCGAGGUACCGAAGACAGCAGAGGGACAAGAUAUCUGGGGCGGAGAGGAGGAUGUUGCAUUUGAUGAAAACUACCAUGAAGCUGGAGACAACAUCUUCAACCUAGCACUUGAUGCUUUCUGGUUGAACACAAAGCUCAUUGCUCAUGGUGUCGCUACAUAUGCGCAGAGCUUCGAUAGCCUGCCGCAACCCACCAGCAUGACAAAGCGAAGUGCGCAUAUGUCCAAGGUGAGGCGGGCGGCUUAUAACGGUUAUGGUAGCCAUGGCGCUCAUCAUUGCAACUCCAAACAUGAGGAUGUUUCGAGGUAA